AUGGCUACCCUAACCUGGUUCACAAAACCUCGCGAGGCCAAGGCUCAGCUCCAGCGCCGCCGUGUCCCGGUGUCUAAGCGUGCUGCCAAGCGUAAUCAAAGAGCGAAGAAGAGGAUCGAAAAGCCCGCCCCUGCCGCACCCCAGCCCCACCACGAGGGGCGUGUGCCCUCUCCAUCCUCGCGGCUCCUCGACCGAGCCUGGGGGAGGGAGGAUGAGGUUGGAGGGGUCCGAACCCUCCCCGCCCCUGCAGGAGGGGGAACGCGCUGGCAGCUCCUUCGGGCUCGCUGCUCCCCGGAGUGCGUGCACCCCACUUGCCCUGGCGAUCUGGGGUCGGGGAGUCAGCGGGGCGUGGGCCUCGGUCUCUGUGAGCGCUCGCCACCCUCCACCCCCGAGGGUCCGAGGAGUGUGCUCUGGCCCACGGCUCCCCGGGCAGCACCCCUCCGCGUGCAGGGACGCGCGGGAUCGCGGAGCUGUCGGAGGCGCGCAGUGCCCGCGGAGCGCGCCCUCAGCAUCUGGAGCUCUGCAGAGAACGACACCGUCGCUGGGGUGGGGACAGUGAGGCGCACAGCCUGCAGAAGUAAGUCAGCGCCUGAAGUGUUUCUGAUGGAGCAGGGCUGUCCGGCUGGAGCCCCCCCCCUGAUAUUCCGCGCUGAGUUUGGGGAGGUUGCCAGACCUGGAGGUAAAGUCCUGGCACCGAUGGAAAAGAGGUGGGUGCCGGGGCAGUCCUGGUCCUUGAGGAGGCCAGGUAAGGAGCUCAAGGCCAUGGCUCAGUGUGUGUUGGCUCUCAGACUUCUCUUUGGCCAGUGUGCCAGAUUUCUGGAUCGGACAAAAAAUAAAAGCCAAGUUCCCAAAAAGAGUUGCUGCUUUUAAUCUGUUUCCUAAGGACAGUCAAGACACACCUAGUGUCUUUCAUCACCCCCAGAACAAGAACAUCAUCAUCUCAACGGAAAACAGUGCGCCAUUCUGCUGGGCAGGAUGGGCAAACUCCUGUAGUCCUAGCUACAAGGGGGCUGAGGCAGGAGAAUCUUUUGAGACCAGCCUGGGAAAAAUACCAAGACCCUGUCUCUAAAAACAAAAACUACUGCGAGUGAUUCCCAACAAAGGAGCCAUUAUUGACUUUCCACUGAGAAAGAGACAUUCUCAGUCUUUAAUUUUUGAUUGUGCUGGGUGCAGGUGAAAAUGUCACUGUGGGGAUGACUGCCCCCCAGUCUCUGAAUCAUUGGAGGGCAGAACCGGAAGAAGUGGGCUUUAGAGUUGGGUGUGGUGGUGCAUAACUGUAAUCCCAGCGCUGAGAGCCGGGAAGAGCCGGGAAGAUCGAAAGUUUGAGCCCAGACUGGGCCACUCAGGGACUUACAGCCUGUCUCAAAAUAAAUACAGAAAGGUGGGAGCGUAGCUCAGUGUGAAGUCCCCGAGCUCAAUCCCCAGUUUUCAAAAAAGUAUAGGAGAAGCUGGGUGUGGUGGUGCAUACCCGUAAGCCCAGCACUCUGGAGGCUGACAGGAGGAUCUCUGCAAGUUCCAG